AUGGCCGACGUAAUGCACCCGCCUCAGCCGGCUCACACGCCUCAGCAGGAUGCGAACCCCAACAUGGCUCCGCCGCCGGCACCUGCAACCCCUUCCAACGCCGCCACCCAGAGCAAUACGAGCAACGCGGCCAGCAUUAGCGCGAACGCCAACAACGCGUCUCGUAGGCCGCCCCGAAAGAGCACCCUCACCCAACAGCAGAAGAAUCAGAAGCGUCAGAGAGCGACGCAAGAUCAGCUCAUGACGCUGGAGGUCGAGUUCAACAAGAAUCCAACACCCACCGCCAUGGUGCGCGAGCGGAUAGCGGGGGACAUCAACAUGACGGAGCGCUCUGUGCAGAUCUGGUUCCAGAAUAGGUAAGCAGAUGGGCAUUCAGUUGUACCUGAAGUUUUAUGCUGACAGCGUUCAAGACGGGCGAAGAUCAAGAACAUUGCCAAACGCAGCAUCGAGAGCGGCGAGGACUGCGACAGCAUCCCGGAAUCAAUGCGGCAGUACCUGGCAAUGCAAGCUUACGGACCCGGAAAGGGCCUUCCACCAACCAUGGUCGGACGAGGACCUGCCUUCGCUCCAUACGGAGGCGGCACACUCUGCCUCAACACUGAUACGUCUUCUGGCAAGGUCGUCAUCCAGCAUUUCCAUUGUCGCUCUCUAUCGAUCGGUACCUGGCGCCGCGUGGGACAAAGCACCAUGGACCUCGUCAUCUUCUACUCGCCCGACAAGGCUUGCGUGACAUACUACAUCAAUAACGACUCGGCGGGUUACAAGAUUGAAUACCCAUUCGCGUGGAUCAAGAACAUCACUUUGGAGCAGGGAGACGUCCUGGCAGCUGCCGAGGGCGCAUCUCAGCGCUCUGGCGGUCUCGUAAUUGAGCUAACCCGGCCGCCCAAGUUCUACAUGGAUAGCUCCGGCAGCGGUGGCUUCUACGAGUGCGGCGACUUCACCGAGGACCAACAGGCCAGCCAGGUCAUGGUUCAUCACCUUGGAGGUCCGUCCAAAGUCCUCAGUGGCCAGCUCGCCAAGCUUGUCUCCCUCGAAGCAUACCAGAACCGACAUAACGUGUUUGAUCCGAACCAAUUCGCCGUCUCCGCUCCAGUCUCGCCUAUCGGUGGCCACAGACCAGCCAGCCAACCGAACCAUAUGAUGCACCCACACAAUGGCCUGGGUCUGUAUCCUCCGCACGAUCCCUCUGCCGGCAUGAUGGGUCCACCAGGUCCUCGGGGACACAAACGGCAACGAAGCCGAUCCGUUCCCGUCGCUGUCGACUUCAACAUGCUUCGCAAUGGACCCAUGCCUUCAUUCCUCAUCCAGCACGAAGGUCAACCCGCACAAGCGCCACCAAUGCAGGACCCGAACCUCUUCGCCCCCAUCCCACAGCAUCAACACAGCUUUGCUUCAGGCCCAGUCGGACCUCACCUCAGCAUUGACACUUCGGCCGGGUAUAACCUCGGGUUACAAUUCAACGGUUCUCUAUCUGCUACAACUGCCAACUCCCCCAGUGAGUACGGUACACCGGGCUUCUUCACCUCUGCACCUCCCAGCGAAGCUAUGCAGCAGACCCAAUUCACGCCUGGCUUCAACAACAAUUACCUCGCUGUCGAUCCUGCAUCUAUGAUUGGCACCAGCAACACUCCGCUGUCGGUGAGGAGUCAUGGUGAUCCCGUCAUUGCUGAUCACUCGCCACCACUGAACGGCAUGGGUCGCAGCCAGAGCGCUGAUAUCUUCGGCACGCCGGGCGAAAGCUCGCAGCUUGGUGACGAUGCCCUCUACCUGUCGGAGUCGUUCAACAAGCAGAUCGCGCUGCCUUUCCGGAGCCCCCUGAGCGAUGAGGCCUUCCAUUCGCCUAUGCCGGAUGGCAUGUUCAACUUCCAAUCACCACCACCUUCUGGUCCUGACGCGAACGGCAACAUGGCCAUGAAUGGAGGAUCGCAAAUGAGCUUCCACAGCCCUCAGCACGACGGUGGCUCAAGUUAUCAUUCCCCAGCGCAGCAGCCGAGCCAGACGCAUCAAGACAGCGGUGUGUCGUUCUCGACCCCAUCUGGACAGGAUCAGUCGAACAUGUUUCACAGCCCGCAGGACAGCGGCAUGAUGUACCAGGACUCGAAGAUGUACUCGAGCCCGGGUCAGAUGCAGCACCUGCCCGAGGAGCAGCAACUCUUCCAGAACAGCCCUGGAAACGGCUUUGACAUGCAGGCACAGCAAAUGUUCAGCUUUGUCGACCCCAACUCCCUCGGACAGCAGCAGUAA